CGUACAUGGUAAAAGAGAUUUCGCAAUCCUCCGCUCUCCAUGUUCCAAACAAAAACAGUCCGAGCUCCGACACACGGGAUCUAACUCCAACUUUAUCCCCAAACUUUCUGCGCUCCGACGGAUGGUUGACUCCACCGCUGCCCCGUGAAGGUUCUCGUGAGGUGAACAAACUCCUUCCUGUUUCUUCUCUUCACCUGAGGCGACUGAGAGAGCACCACCUGCAGGCAACACAUCCUAAUGAGCCAGCCGUCGGCGUGAGCGUCAUCCAGAGUCAGACCCACGUCCCCCAGCUCGUCCCCGCCAACUCCUCAGCCGGAGGCGUAGGCCCCAGCAAGAUGAAGAAGCCCCAUGCAGACAAGGACAGCGAUGAGUAUCGCCAGCGACGCGAACGCAACAACCUGGCCGUGAAGAAGAGCCGCAUGCGCAGCAAGCAGAAGGCGAUGGACACGCAGCAGCGCGUCAAUGAGCUGAAGGAGGAGAACGAGCGGCUGGAGGCCAAGAUCAAACUGCUGAGCAAAGAGCUGAGCGUGCUCAAAGACCUCUUCCUGGAGCACGCCCACAACCUGGCCGACAACGUACAGCCGCCGGCGGGCGGAGACGGCUCCAGCCCCGCCCCCAACAACACCUCCACCAAUGGGCAGUGAGGAGGGUCACAGGGAUGUUUGAUAUCUGGAGCUUUUUCUGGGAACUUUGGAAACAUGGCCGCACGUCUUCUUCACUGCUUGUCUUCGUUAGAAAUUAACUCACCCCCCUCACCCCCCCUUCACCCUUUAACCACACAUCUUCCAAAAAGUUGGUCUCUUACAAUCCCUCUGGAAAAAUAUUUUCCAGCUGAAGAAGUGAUGAGAAAUUAUGAGGAUUCAGGAUCCAGGAACAAACAGAUCCAUGAAUAUUUUAACAUUAAUUUAUUGGACUCUUGACUAAAAGGCUUUUAUUAUGAAAGGCGGCAACAGCUUGUGUUAAUUGGACAUUUUCUUCCAAUUAAAAUGAAUUGCUGGAAAGGUUUGUUCAGUGACAGAAGGAGAACCUGAUCCUCCACAACAGACUGAAUGUGUUGGAGGAACUAAACAGACUCUUUGUGUCAUUGAUCGAUUGUGAGAAGAUGUGAACUCGUAUAAACUGAGACUUCGUCCAGUCAGAACUCACCAGCAACCAAAGCACUUUCUUCCUGUGCUUCCUCUUCCUGGCGGCUCAUUUCCAAGCUGACGGGCGGAGACGAGGACGCUGCUGGACAAGAUGUUGGACAAACUCUCUGCUCGUCCUCAGCUGCAGGACGGAGAUGAUUUAAAAUCUUAAAUUCCUGUUUUAGGUUGUAUAUUUUUUUCUUUUCUUUAUAGAAAUGUCUCGUUAGAAAUACCUAAUGAGAUUUUUAAGGUUGUUCACUACAUGAUGAUAUUUAAGGGACAAUUCAGCUUUUUACAGUUUGUUCUUUUUACACUCAUAUAAAUUAAAAGAAAAUUUUUGAUACUCAGCUACCGGAUGAGGGUGAAUGUGUAAAAACAUAAAAACAGCAGAAUUGUCCUUUAUGAGCAGAACAGAGCAGGUGUGACUCCUGAGUGAGACGCAGGGAUGGGGCGUGUUUGAUUUGAAAACCGGGGUCACCUGUCAUGUGGGGCUGAUGCACCUGCAGAGUGUGUCCUGGAAAAACCUCGAAAAUGUAAUUCCAUCUCUCCAGGGAUGAAAUCAAACAGAGCAGUGCAUCCUGGGAAAAAACUGUCGUCACUUUGGAUCCGAUUUGUUUUGUGACGUCAUCACAUUGCAUAUUGAUUAUUUACAUCAUCAAAGAAUCAGCUGACUAUUUCCUGAUCAAUCAUUUGUUUAGUGAGAGAAAUGUUUAAAUCACAUGAUCAGUUCUGAUGUUUUCUCUGAUGAAUCAUCUUAACACGAUCGAUCCACAGAUUAUUGAUCGUGUUGAAUCUCAGAUGAACGGCCUCGGUCGACUUCCUGUGGACGUCACAUGAUCUGGAGCUAAGACGCAGCAUCUGGCUGUUACCAUGGUUACCGUUCUUCAAAGAUUUUCAGAUUAAAAUGAGAUGAAACGGAAAAACAUCAGAGUGCACAAAGUUUUAUUCUAAUUAACAAAAGAUGAUCAAUGGUUGGUGAUACAGUUUGAAUGGAUCAGAAUCUGUAUGGACAGGGUGGCUGAACAGGUUUUUGCUUCUGAUGAACACGUCAGGUGUGUUCAACAGGCCGACCCAGGCAGACCCCGCCCUGCUCACCUGAGGGGGGUCCUGCUCCAGACGGCUGUGUGUGUUAACUGUGUGUGUUUAGUGUGUGUUUGUGGUGCUGGGCGGAUCCAGACACCUCGAGCCGCAGCUUUAAUUAAAUCCAGGUUUAAACCAGGCCGGGUCGUUAAUGAGGUCUGAGCAGGUCCAAACAGGCCCCCCCCACCGCCCCCGUCAGCACACCGCGAGGGGGGGGGCGGGUCCGCGGCGUGUUGUUAUCGGACUUAAUAAUUAUGUGAGCUUUGUGCGGGUGUGGAGUGUUUUCCCUGGGAUUUAUCUGUCAGGAGCUUCACCUCCCUGCAGCAGUGUUGUCUGUCUGAGCUCUGCUGCUCCUCCUGAGCCGCACCGCUCGCGCUAACGUUCCCACAGCGUUCCUCCGACGAUGUGACAGCUCUGUUUUAAACAUGUUCCCUCGCAGGGAGAGUCUGGCUGCAGGGUCUAACGUUUUUAUUUCCAUCCUCAGAGUUUCUUGAGUUUGCUUCUAAAGUCAAACCUGCGGCAGAUCAAUCAGAAAAUAUUGAUAUUUAAUAUUUUCAGUUCAGGGUGUCACACGACACCACAUCUGACGUGCUGAUGCCAUCAGAGAAAUCCUGUUAAAUUCAGUGAGAUUAAUAUUAUAUUAAUAAAGUUAUUUAAAAAAAAAUAUAUAUAUAUAUAAAAAUGACCAAAACAAGAAAAGAAAAUGUAAAUGUUCCUGUUUUUACAGAUGAACUGUGAAAGUGACACAAACACGAUGUUUAUUGUGUGACAUGUUUUAACGUAGUUCAAAGUUCACAAAGAUUUUAAACAUUUAAAUAAAUGUUAAAGUGAGUCUGACGUCAACAGGAGAGAACGUCUGAUAAUCAGCUGAUCUGUUUGAAGUGAUCAGAAACGUUGUGGGAACGUUUCCUCACGAAGCACAGCCUCCGUCUUUGUUUCUGUCGUUAGAUUUUUCUACUUUUCUUCUGAACAGCAGCAUGUUUCUAGAGAAGUCUCUGCAUGGGGGCUGGGGAGGGCUCAGAUGAAUAAUCUGAAUUGGAUUUGAUUCAAUAGGAACAGAUCAGAUCUGUUGUGUUCAGGUCUGAAUGUUGCUGGGCAGCAUUUCUGUCACUCAGCGUUUUUGUAUCACGAGCAGCGAAAAUUAAAACUGAUGAAAAAUUAAA